GCCGCUGCCGCCCUCCCGCGGCCCCCGCUCGCCUGGCCGCGUGGAUCCUGCUCCGGCCAAGCCCCGCCGCUGCCCCCGGCUCCCCGCAGGGCGCCGCGCAGCCGGCCCCGGCCCUGUCCACGGCGGCCCUGCCCGGUUCUGGGCAGCGGGGCGGGCCCCGGGCAGCGCUGUGCUCCGGCCGCCCGGAGCCGCCCGAACGGCGGCGCGGAGCGAGGCCUGGUCCCGGGGAGCGGAGGAGUUUUAAAAAGGCGGAGAUACGCGGCCCUUCGCUUUCAAGCCGACGGGCCGGUCAGUGGAAGCGGGGCGUGGGGGCCGGCUGGCUGCACGGUAACGGGGACCAGCGCCCCGUCACAUCUAAACCGGCUCAGGAGCGGACGCGCCCAGCCCCUGGCCCGCCGAUGGCGGUGCGCUGCCCGCGGACACGGCCUGGGGGACUCCCCGCUCCCAGCCGGCUCCCACCUCUCGCUACACGUUCGAGGGGCCCUUCCUUUUCGGCUUUGAUUUGAUUUGACUGGGAAUUGAUCAGUGUUUAUUAGCACAACAACAAAAACGGGUGAAAAUCAGGGCAAAAAACUAUUAAUACUUUUGGGGGGUAAAUAUUGGGUUUUAUUUCGGUGGACGGAAAUAUGGGGGGAAAGUAUUCAGUAGAUUAAUGCUUUGAAUUCCCUUCAUCAGUGUGGUUUGCUGCAGAACUGAAACAGAAACCAAAACACCCCACCUCUGAGUUUAAGAAAACAAUGUAUUUCUAAUCCCCAAAUAAAACUUUUAAUUUGAAUGAACAGUUUACUGUGGUAGACUUAGAAUUAUUAGCCUAUCAAUAGCUUGCUAUAAAUAAUAGCUAUAAAUAAGGCUUGAGUGUUUAUACCUGCCUCUGGAAAUUUCCACUACAUGCAUCCAACCAAGUUCUCUUUGCUCCUCAGCCUCAAUGAAGCAAUGCUUCGGCUCCGGCUCUUAACGUGGGACGUGAAGGACACGCUGCUCCGGCUCCGGCGCCCAGUAGGAGAGAAUUACUCUGCUGCGGCCCAAGUUCACAAAGUACAUGUGCAGCCUGAGGCUCUCAAUGAGUCUUUCCAUCAGGCAUACAAAGCCCAGAGUAAGCACUUCCCUAACUAUGGCCUGAGCCAGGGGCUAAGCUCCAAGCAGUGGUGGGUGGAUGUUGUCAAACUGACCUUCAGACUCGCUGGUGUCCAUGAAGACAGGCUCCUCACCACCAUUUCGGAAAGCCUCUAUCAGGAGUUCUGCAGUGCACAGAACUGGGAGUUGUUACCAGGUGCCAGGGAGACUCUGAGGCAGUGCCACCAGCUGGGCAUCCGCAUGGCCAUAAUCUCCAACUUUGACAAGAGGCUAGAGAAGAUUCUGUCUCACUGCAACCUCAGGCACCAUUUUGAAUUUGUCUUGACCUCGGAGGAGGCCGGCUUUGCCAAGCCAGACCAGCGGAUAUUUCAGAAGGCGCUGCACAUUUCUGGGGUAGCUCCACAGCAGGUGGCUCACGUGGGGGACAAUUAUGUGAAGGAUUAUAAGGCAGCCAGAGAUGUGGGCAUGCAUAGCUUCCUGCUCACAAGGGCUGGGCAUUCAAACAAUUGGGAGCUAGAGGUACCAAAGCAGCACAUCCUGCCUUCACUUACCCACUUGCUGUCUGUUAUCGAGAAGGGUUAAUGGUGAAUCCCUCGCCUCUCCGCAGAGAUUGCCAGGGCCAAAGCAGAUUCCUUACACCAUGUCACUAAAAAGAGGGAUCAGUUGUGCUGCGGGGGUGGGGAGGAGAGGGGAGAGGAUUUGGUUCUCCACCAGGUGAAUCAGGUUCUAAAGAGUAUCUGCAUGUCCUAUAGAGAGGGGGCAAAAGCAAACCCCUCUGAACUCAGUGAGAAGUACUUGCUAGCACCAUCCACAACCGCACAUUAGUCAUCCAAUACAAUAAACUGCUACAGAUACUCAGCACUUCUCUUCCCCUUUCUUUCAUAGCUCUCAAAGCGCCUAACAGAGUGGGGGGGAUUAGUGCCAUUAUCAUCAUUUUACAGGGGGGAACCAAGGGAUGAUGGCUAAGAUCACCCUGCAUGUCAGAGUGGAAACCAAAACUUGCAUCUCCAGAGUGUCUACCUUGGCCCUGUCCAUUGCAGCUCUGAGCCCAGGCAUUAACCCCUCCUCGUGCGAGGAAAGACAGCAUUUCUUGCACACUUUAAUGAACAAAACCAGAAGCAGAAAUCCCUUCUCUGGGCCAGGUUCAUUCCCUGCAUUGGUACAACUAGCUGGCCUAACUCCCUGCCAGCCUGGGCCAGCUGCACCACAUGGUUCUGCUGGCGAGGAACACUUGUGGUGUGCUGACUUGACCUGACAAUAGCCUUUUCCCAGACAGCACCAUCCCUUUCUUGGGUUACUCUUGCUCUAGCCUGUAAGGCAGCCAUUGCCCACCCCUGCAGCCUCUCACCACAGGCUCUCUCCACAUGGGACCUCUCUGCCAGGGUCUGCUCUUGUAGAAGUUGGCAGAUCACUUGGGGCAGUUAGUGCCUCUGCCCUGAUGCUGGCAGAGGAUCCCAUGGGAUUUCCCCUCUUGCCAUUGUGCAAAGACUGGGCCUGGGGGUGCUGAUGACUCUGCUUCAAGUCAGGAUUUUAGUAGAAUCCCCUACCGAACCACGAGUGGGCAGCUCAGAGGGGAGCAUUGGGAACCAGAGCAGUCCUGCGCUCGGGCACUCACUGCUUCCCAGAGGCUGAUGGGAGCUUGACUGGCAACAGAAACUGGCCAAUAGCCCUUUCCCUGCUCUAACCUCAGCAGGUGCCUUUUCCAAGCGCUGCGCAGAGUGAUCACUGCACUGCUCCCAGUGCCUGGACUUGCAGCUGUGUGGCAGUGCCCCAGCAAAGUGCUGUGAAAAGCAGCCCAAGAACUUGUCUAGACAGUGUGCAGCAAGCUGGGCUGUAAGUUUACCUCCCACUAACUGGCCACGUAGACACUGUUGCUGAUCCACUUUGAAACAGGAGCAGAUCAAAGUGCACUUUAGUGUGUGGCAAACUAAACAUACAUCCCAGCUUGCUGCAAACUAAGUGUCGUCUAGACAAGCCCAGAACGUGUAACAUUCAGGGGGUUAAAAAUCAAGAUACUUAUGUUUAAAAAGGGGAGAAACCAGCCCAGGUCAGGGUCCCUACUUCUAACCUGGGUCACGGCCUCAUUUCUAAAGCCCCUUGUCACUGAACCCACCCCAACAAAUGAACCAGAUUGUACCUAGUUUUAUCGACAGGCUUUUCUAUGGCGUUCAGCUUGGUAGAAUGGGCGCACCUCUCAUACAGCCAUGAAUUUAGCCUCGCAACACCACUCUGAGGUCUGGCAGGGCAACCCCAUGUUACAGAGGGGGAACUGAGGCACAGAGCUAUUACAGGACUCAUCCCAGUGUGUCGCAGUCAGGAAUCACACAGCUUGCCCACAUUUCAGGGCUGUAAAAACUGCAUGUCCCCAUCAAGGCAGAGCAGAUUGCACAUGCCAGUGCUGAGUUCCUCCCUCCAGGCUAGUGGUGGAAAUUGAGGCUUCAGUGUAGGGUACCUCUUUUCUGUCCGGCAUAACUAGCCCCGCCCCAAGUAGACAGAUGUUCCUGUAGUCCCAUGGCCACAUUAGCUGCAGCAGCUAUACUGUAGAUAAGGCUUUGGCUCUUGGUAGAGAUAACUGCUGUUUGUAGUAGAACAAGAGAGCCUAACUAAAAUAAGCAAAAGUCAGGCCCUGCUGCUAUAAAGCAAAGUUAGCAAGUGUCAGGCUAUAUGUAAAAGGCAGGCCCUGUUACACAGCAGAUGCCUGUUUGCAGGUUCACUGUCCGAUAACACGACCUUGGCAAAACACACAGGCAUGCCCAAGAAGUGCUAGGCACAGGGUAUUGAUGUAAGCACAUUCCAGACAAUGCAGGUACCCCCUAAUGUAAACACAAUGCUGGGAGAUGAAACAGGAACACAUCGACCCCACGUAAAACAAGGAUGGGAAGACAGGCUUAGGCUGACAGAUGAAAAUGUUUUGUUUGAACAAGCAGAUACAAGGUAAAGGGUGGUAACUAACUACAUCAGGGGGACAAGACGAAACUUGUUUGUAUCGGCGUAUAAAAGAGGGGUUGUCGGAGCAGUGUUUUAUCUGGCCUUGGGGGAGCAGAAGGUCCCACCACUCACUGAGCUGAGUCCAUUACAACAGACAUAUGUGAGUUAGUAUCCUCAGAGUCUACUGGACCCUAGAACCAUGCUUUGUUAACAAUAAACCUGGCCGAGUGCCUUUGCCACCAAACCGUCUGUGAUGAUUGUGGGCACUUCAAUCAAGGUCUGCUGUAUCAGCUACCUGGCCAGAUCUGGUGCAACAUGCUGAGAGAACACACACACAGCUAAGAACUGACAACACUGUCAAUGGAGCGUUGUCAAAGGGAUUAGGCCAAAGCAAAAUUUGAUGCAGUUCAGACAGCAGGACAAGAUGGCAAAUCCUGGAGUGUUAAAGAACUGCAUAACUCUGUGACCAAUAAAUGUUUGCAGUUUUGCAGGCUAAGCUCAGGGUAAUCAGCUUUCAUGCUUCAAGGCACAAGAUGAUUUUGUGCAAGGGUUGGGAAGGAUGGAUUAUUCCCCACUAAGUGCAGUGUUGUGCAGUUGGCCAGAUGCAUUAUGUGCAGUUUCUGCUGCAGGGCUUGGCUACAGCCAGAGAUUGACUAGGCAACAAGAUGGGCCAGUGAGCCAAUCCUGUAGGGCAAGUCCAGUGUAACUAGAUUGCCUAGAAAGAAUUCUAGGGGGCUAUUGCUGUUAAGAAACAAGCUCAGAGCAGGCACCUGGGCUGAAGCCAGAGCCUAUUUACGUAUGUGACACUGAACCAGAAGGGGUUUAGCACUAGCAGGCUAAGUAAUCCAGAUUCAACCUGCAGAGACAUUUUAGCAGAUAAUGAUUGUAUUUUUGUAUGUGUGUUUACAUAUAUAUUGUUAUAGGUUGACAAUGUACCCAAACAGUUCCUGUCUGUCACUGUAUUCUGUUAAUUCAUUGGGAUGAACCAUGACUGUAGUAAUAUCAUUGUCUUUAUUUC